CUGGAGAGGAGCGCGUCCUGACGGGACUACGUUUCCCGGCAUGCGCUGAACAGCUACCGUCGUGCCCUGCUUCUCCUAGACCGCUUGCCGGGUUCUAGAGGACCGCCUCUGAGUAGGGCGGGCGAGGAGAGUCGAGGCGGAGCUGAUGGCUGCGCUGAAAGCGGGGCGGGGUGCAAACUGGAGCCUUCGGGCAUGGCGGGCUUUGGGGGGCAUCUUCUGGAGGAAGCCUCCCCUGUUAGCUCCUGACCUCCGGGCUCUGCUGACGUCAGGAACUCCUGACUCUCAGAUCUGGAUGACUUAUGGGACCCCCAGUCUCCCGGCCCAGGUGCCUGAGGGGUUCCUUGCAUCACGGGCAGAUCUGACGUCUAGGACCCCGGAUCUCUGGGCACGAUUGAAUGUGGGGACUUCAGGCUCCAGUGACCAGGAGGCCCGCAGGAGCCCUGGAAGCCGUCGGCGCGAAUGGCUGGCGGUGGCGGUGGGCGCAGGAGGUGCAGUGGUGCUGCUGUUGUGGGGUUGGGGUCGGGGUCUUUCCACGGUGCUGGCUGCUGUUCCUGCUCCGCCACCCACUUCUCCCCGGAGCCAGUACAAUUUCAUCGCAGAUGUGGUGGAGAAGACAGCCCCUGCUGUGGUCUAUAUCGAGAUCCUAGACCGGCACCCUUUCUCCGGCCGUGAAGUCCCCAUCUCAAACGGAUCAGGAUUCGUAGUGGCUUCAGAUGGGCUCAUCGUUACCAACGCCCACGUGGUGGCUGAUCGGCGCCGAGUACGAGUGAGGCUGCCUAGCGGGGAUACUUAUGAGGCCAUGGUCACAGCUGUGGAUCCCGUAGCAGACAUUGCCACACUGAGGAUUCAAACCAAGGAGCCUCUUCCCACACUGCCCCUCGGCCGCUCUGCUGAUGUCCGGCAAGGGGAGUUUGUUGUUGCCAUGGGAAGCCCCUUUGCACUGCAGAACACGAUCACAUCUGGUAUUGUCAGCUCUGCUCAGCGCCCAGCCAGGGACCUGGGACUCCCUCAAAACAACGUGGAAUACAUUCAGACCGAUGCAGCUAUUGAUUUUGGAAAUUCUGGUGGUCCCCUGGUUAACCUGGAUGGGGAGGUGAUUGGAGUGAACACCAUGAAGGUGACAGCUGGAAUCUCCUUUGCCAUCCCUUCUGAUCGCCUUAGGGAGUUUCUGCAUCGCGGGGAAAAGAAAAAUUCCUGGUUUGGAACCAGUGGGUCCCAGCGCCGCUACAUUGGAGUGAUGAUGCUGACCCUGACUCCCAGCAUCCUUAUUGAACUACAGCUCCGUGAGCCAAGCUUCCCUGAUGUUCAGCAUGGUGUCCUCAUUCAUAAAGUUAUCCUGGGCUCCCCCGCACACAGGGCUGGUCUGCGGCCUGGUGAUGUGAUCUUGGCCAUUGGGGAGAAAUUGGCACAAAAUGCUGAAGAUGUUUAUGAAGCUGUUCGAACCCAAUCACAGCUGGCAGUGCGGAUCCGGCGCGGAUCAGAGACACUGACCUUAUAUGUGACCCCCGAGGUCACAGAAUGAAUGACUGGACCGGCAAGAGUGUGAAGCUCUUGCCCUGAUCUCCUCCUUGCUUUCCUAGCCUAGGUUCUGAGUGCAUGUGGGUAGAGGAGGAGUCAGUGAACCUGCGGAGGGCAAGUCCCUCUAACCGCUGCAUCAGUCCUGGGCUCCGAAGAACACAUUUUAUAUAAAAUAAAAUUAUACCUAGCAACAUGUUACAGUCAAAA